GAUCGGGCAUACACAGACUAACAACAACAAUAUUUUCCACCGAUGCUCGACCAUGAAUCACCAUGGAGUUGAUGCUUCGGAGGGCCACGUUCACCAUCACGGUGCUCAUGUACCCCCGGAACCUGCUCCACCGAGUUCCGCUCACGAAGGACACCAUUCACCUGAAAUGGCUCAUCAUGGACACCAUGGAGAGCACACUAAGCACGGGCACCACGACGGUGAAGGCCACCACAUGACCAUGGCGAUGUUCUUUCAUACUGGCGAUGCGGAGACCAUUCUCUUCAAGUUCUGGCGCACCGAGUCCGCCAUGGCACUGACCCUUUCCUGCCUGCUGAUUUUUGUGUUCGCGGUGCUCUAUGAGGCCCUGAAAUUCUUCAGGGAGUGGCUGUUCGCCUGGGACCGAAAGCGUUUGGCUGGCGGCAGGGACCAGAACAAUCCCCCGAGAAGAUAUAGAGAGGCCAACUACAACUACAACCAGCCAACGUAUCCCCCCAGGACCAACCCACAGUCCGGAACCCAGAUCUACGCCUACCGUCCAAGGUCGCCGCCGAUGCCGCCUCUUCAGCCGCCAGGACAUAGCUCUCCCCAGGCGCAAUCCUCGCUGAUCCUGACCCCGCACACCCACCACCAUGUUCAGGAAAGUACCCCUCCCGCUGGCAGAACAUCCAAGCUCAAGGUCUACUGCUCCGGCAUGCACAUCCUGCAGACCUUCCUGCACGUCCUGCAGGUGCUCAUAUCCUUUUUGCUGAUGCUCGUCUUCAUGACCUUCAAUGUGUGGCUUUGUGUGGCCGUUCUGCUGGGCGCCGGUGUGGGGUACUACGUAUUCUGCGCCUUUAGAACCAACGUCCAGGAGCACUGCAAUUAGCACAGAAAUGGACCAGGCGAAUCGAGACGAGCUGUCUAGGAGCCCUGCUAAUGUGCUUUUCUAAUUAAAGCGAGCAGUAAAAAUCAUAACGGCUUGGGUACCCGGCCUAAUUGUUAAUGUUUAUGGCUCGUAAAACAAUGAAUGCAGCAUCUUCCGCUGGC